AUGACCUUCACGAUCGUAUGCUCUGCUUUCUUUGAAUUUGGAAUGGUCUCUCGUUUUUUCAUUGGACGAGACUCGUAUCCAUGCUUGAUGUUCUCCAUAUUCUAUUUCCUGGUUCCAGUGGUGUAUACGGUACCGACCAUGAUGCGAUUUUUGAGAUUGUUCAUCCAGCAUCAAGUGAGUUUAUACAAGGCACAAUGUUUCUCCUUUCAAUCUUUUUAUUCUACCACUACCACUACGACUACUACCACUACAGCCACUACAGCCACUACUACGACUAUUACUGCAAAUCAUUGGUAUUCUAUGGAGAAAAGCUCGCCUCUGGAACCACAGUUGGAUGCUUUGAGUCAAGGUUCCUUUCAAUUAGAAACACGACAUAGAUUAUUGUUCAAAGCAAAUGCAUUUAUGGAAAGUCAUGCAAUUUCAACCCUGCAAUCCUAUCAUUCAGAGUUGGAAAUGAUUUUAGGAAAUAAGGAAAGUUUUGACACACUUCUCGAUUUUAGUCGAAGAAGCUUUUGUCCUGAAUGUGUACUCAUUUUCAAACAAGUGGAAAGAUUCAAAAAGACUACAUCCAUCACAAAACGAAAGCAUAUUGCUCUUCAUAAAGUACAAAAUUUUCUUGUGGAAAACAGUCCUCACGAACUAAAUCUUCCCAAUUUAUCAUUCAUGAGAGAGGAACUUUUGUUUAAAAUUCAAAUGUAUGACAAUAUUCCAAAUAAUUUAUUUAAUGAAAUUGAGAUGUUGUCAUUGCACAACUUGACGGAUUUGUAUGAGAGAUUGAAACGAUCGAAUGUAAAGAUUAGAGAACUCUCCAACGAGUGGAAAAAAACAUGUUUAGAUCAUGCAGAAAAACACACCUCUAAAGUUGUCAUGGAGGUGUAA